CUACGGGGGCGUGCUGAGCGCCUACCUGAGGAUGAAGUACCCCCACCUGGUGGCCGGGGCGCUGGCGGCCAGUGCGCCUGUCCUGGCCGUCGCGGGCCUGGGCGACUCCACCCAGUUCUUCCGCGACGUCACGGCGGACUUUGAGGGCCAGAGUCCCCAGUGCGCACAGGCAGUGCGCGAGGCCUUCCGGCAAAUCCAGGACCUCUUCCUGCAGGGAGCCCAGGACACCGUCCGCCGGGAGUUCGGCACCUGCCAGCCACUGUCCAGCACGCGGGACCUGACCCAGCUCUCCGUGUUCGCCCGCAACGCCUUCACUGUGCUGGCCAUGAUGGACUACCCCUACCCCACCGACUUCUUUGGGCCCCUUCCUGCCCAUCCCGUCAAGGUGGGCUGUGACCGGCUGCUGAGCCAAGACCGGAGGAUCCCGGGGCUGCGCGCGCUGGCAGGACUGGUCUACAAUUCCUCGGGCACGCAGCCUUGCUUCGACAUCUACCGGCUCUACCAGAGCUGUGCGGACCCCACCGGCUGCGGCACCGGCCCUGACGCCAGGGCCUGGGAUUACCAGGCCUGCACCGAGAUCAGCCUGACCUUUGCCAGCAACAACGUGACCGACAUGUUCCCCGCCCUGCCGUUCACCGAGGCCCAGCGCCAGCAGUACUGCCUGGACACGUGGGGCGUGUGGCCCCGGCCCGACUGGCUGCAGACCACCUUCUGGGGGGGCGCCCAGCCAACGGGCCUUCCUGCUUCCCUCCCCAGGGCGUCCCACCCCCAGGACCCGGUCUCCGUGGUGGAGGCGCGCAGGCUGGAGGCCACCCUCAUCGGCGAGUGGGUGAAGGCUGCCCGGCAGGCGCAGCGGCCAGCCCUGCCAGACCCGAGGCUGAGGGGCGGCCCCGCCCACCGAGGCCAGGGAGGACUCGCGGCCAGUGUGGCUGGACCCGCCAGGCCUCCUCCUCGGUCCAGAGUGGUCAGCGCUGGCUUCCCUCAAGGAAGGGGCGAAUAAAUGGCGCUGCCUGCC